CGGGCGUGCAGAUCUGAAAUUGCACGGGUGGGCAGGCAGCUCGGGCUUGUCUGGGACACUUGCAAAAGCCCCUUUUUGAAGCGGCUCGGGCCGAGGCGUCGGGCUUCGAGCCCCGCACACGUUCCGGUGGCGGACGCGCGGAGCGGGGCGUUGGGGAGGAGGGGGAACCCCGCACCUCCGAGGAUGCUCGGCCACAUCGCCCCAAAUCCCUACGCCCAGCGGCUCGGAGGACCCGGGGCCGCGCCGCAAGGCCGGGGAUCGAGGCCGGAAGCCGAGUGAGGCCGCGGUCCCGAGGGCCGCGCGCGAAAACCUUGGAUGAUGUAUACGAGUCACGAAGACAUCGGGUGUGACUUUGAAGAUGGACCCAAGGACAAAAAGACCCUGAAGCCCCACCCAGACGUCGAUGGCGGCUGGGCCUGGGUGAUGGUCCUCUCCUCCUUCUUCGUGCACAUCCUCAUCAUGGGCUCCCAGAUGGCACUGGGCGUCCUCAACGUUGAGUGGCUGGAAGAAUUCCAUCAGAGCCGCGGCCUGACCGCGUGGGUCAGCUCCCUCAGCAUGGGCAUCACCCUAAUCGUGGGGCCUUUCAUUGGCUUGUUCAUUAACACCUGCGGGUGCCGCCAGACCACCAUCGUUGGAGGGCUGGUCAACUCCCUCGGCUGGGUGUUGAGUGCCAACGCUGCCAGCGUGCAGUGCCUCUUUGUCACCUUCGGAGUGGCAGCUGGCCUCGGCAGCGGGAUGGCCUACCUGCCCGCCGUGGUCAUGGUGGGAAGGUAUUUUCACAAGAGACGAGCCCUGGCCCAGGGCCUCAGCACGACAGGGACAGGAUUUGGAACGUUCCUGAUGACCGCACUGCUGAAGUAUUUGUGUGCAGAGUAUGGCUGGCGGAAUGCCAUGUUUAUCCAAGGCGCUGUGUCCCUGAACCUGUGUGUUUGUGGGGCACUCAUGAGGCCCCUCUCCGUGGAGAAGGAGGGAGAGCACGCAGGAGGGAAAGACGCAUGCAUCCUCCCCGCUCACUCCACGGAGUCUGUGAAAUCAGGCGGGCAUCCGGGCACAACAGAAGAGAAGGAGAGCCAGGCCGGGAAUGAGGACCUGCAAGACCAGGAGUGCCAAGGUCAGGCCUGGCACAGGAAGAACAUGUGUGCUUUCCGGGUCCUGAAGGCCGUCAGCCAUCUCACCUUGAGAGUCCGGAAGGGCUUCCGAGACUGGUACUCGGGCUACUUUGGGACAGCCUCGCUCUUUACCAACCGCAUGUUCGUGGCCUUUAUUUUCUGGGCUCUGUUUGCAUACAGCAGCUUUGUCAUCCCGUUCAUCCAUCUCCCAGAAAUAGUUAACUUGUAUAACUUGUCGGAGCAAGACAAUGUUUUCCCUCUGACUUCAAUUAUAGCAAUACUUCAUAUCUUUGGAAAGGUGAUCCUGGGCGUGGUGGCUGACCUCCCCUGCAUCAGCGUGUGGAAUGUCUUCCUGAUGGCCAACUUCAGCCUGGUCCUCAGCAUUUUCAUCCUGCCAUUAAUGCACACCUAUGCUGGCCUGGCCGUCAUCUGCGCCUUGAUUGGAUUCUCCAGUGGUUAUUUCUCCCUCAUGCCUGUGGUGACCGAGGACCUGGUUGGCAUCGAGCACCUAGCCAGUGCCUACGGCAUCAUCAUCUGUGCCAAUGGCAUCUCAGCCUUGCUGGGACCACCAUUUGCAGGGUGGAUCUACGACAUCACACAAAAAUAUGACUUUUCCUUCUAUAUAUGUGGUUUGCUUUACAUGGUAGGAAUACUCUUUUUACUCAUUCAUCCAUGUAUUCAAAUGAUAGAACACUCCAGAAGAAAAUUCACAGACAGUGCACAUGUUUAGUGUCAUGUGAUGCUUUGUGUGAGAUUUCCUUCUCAUGCCUACCUCACCUGGUUGCUAUGAGGAUCCUGUGAUAUGUUGUGGGGACGUGCUUUGUGGUCACUGGUAGUUUCACUUAUAAAUCCUUUGUGACUGAUCCAUUCAUAAGCAGCAUAGCCCCUCUGUUGAGGAAGAGGCUGUGAUGGAAGGUAUUAAGGACUAAAGUGAUUUAGAGAUGAUGGUGUUGAUAUUCUUAAAUAGUUACUAUAGAUUCCCUUGUAAAAAAAACACUUUCACCCCAGGCAUGGUGGCACAUGCUUGUAAUCCCCGCACCUGGGAAGUAGAGGUAGGAGGAUCAAAAGUUCAAGGCCAACCUUGGCUACAUAGUAAGUUCAAGGUCAGCCUGAGCUACAAGACUCCAUCUCAGAUACAAAAACAGGGAAUUUAAAAACUACUUCUUUGUAGGUAAAAAUGAAAAUAUCAAUGUUUCCACAGAACAUACAGAAAAUGGCUUUCAAAUAUGAGAAUAUGACUGGAAUGAAAGUCAUUCGUACAAGGAGUUGUAAGCAGGCUCCCAUUCCAAAGGUAAUGCAGUUUAGUGCAACUAGAGACAAACGGGUUGUAUUUUUAUUAAGAAUCCAGCAGCCAGAGAUCUUCCUUUGGGAGAUGGCAUUGGCCAUCAAUUCUGAUUCAGUUCAUUCAGGAGAGAUGAAUUCAGUAAUAAGCUGAACCUCGAGACAAAUCUUUAACUAGCCCAUUGCAUGAAUGAGUUCCUUAGCGGAAACUAUUAGUCCACACAACCACUGGAUCAAGGGCUGCAAUUUAAGCAAUUCUAUUUAUAACAUUGGCCUCUAUCUUAGAUUGGGUCAUUUUCCCCAAGUUUCUCCUGCCCAAUGCAUAUCUUAGAGAACUGACUGCUGCCUAACAUGUGAAGUCAUGUCGUGGUUAAGUCAUUUAUAGAGCCUGCUUGUUAACCCCAAACACAAGAAGCCAGUUGUGAGGGUCAUGAGUGGAAUGCCCUUGUCUGUGUACCUGACAUUGAGGGACCAGUAACAGACAGCCCAGCUCUGGUGCCCAUGUAUAGACCAUCUACUUACAUGAACUUGGCACAGUUUUCACAAUCAUUCUCUUUACUAACUUAAUACAGGAAGAUGUCUGUAAUUUUUGACAUCAGAUAUUGCUUGUCGGAGAUGUCUAUUUUUCUAAGCUGAAAUGUUUUCAGAUUGCACAGUGCAUCUGGACUAGGAUCAUUUUUUAAAUUUCUGGCUGUCUUACUUGUUUGCACCUACUUUAAAACCACUUGACUUUCUACUCAUGGAUCUGGGGGAUGUAGCUCAGAGUUUAAGCACUUGUCCAGCAUGUGCAAGGCCCAGAAUUUCAUGUCCAGCACCACAAAACAAAGACAUUUCUACUCACAAUUUGCUCAUCAGAGAAAGUAAAUCCUUUAAUGCCAUGGCCAGGAUCUUGUGUCAAAAUGAUCUCGAAUGGACACAGCCCAUUCUCAAUUAUCCUUGGUAAUUAGAGGCAGGAAUGCGAUCCUGAGUCUAAUUCUAGCUCACAGUUUCAAUUAGACUCCACUGAGCUCUUCCCCACUGCGGACAGGUGAUUAAGUGGACAGGUUUCCUUCGGCUGCAUCUCCAUGAUUUCCUCUGUAAAGCUGAGUGGGGAGGCUGGGCAAGGAAACCACCGCCUAAACAGCAGUAAUGAGAAAAGGCAGCUAAUGGGGAACCAGAGCAUGGCUAUUGUACACACUUGCUGUUACAUCCAGUGGUUUGAGAAUGGCCUGUAAGUUACUAAAGAUAAAUUGCAUGUCACCCUCCAUCUGGUUUUACACAAAGACCUAUGUAUUACCCUUAUACCGCUGGCACUAUUAAAGAAGCCUUAUUUUGACAAAGGCAGUCUCAAAAGCUGAAACAGGGCUGUUUAUUUCAUGGUAGAUUCAGUAAUGUACGUUUGUAUACGUAUACAUUUACCAUCAUGGAAUAAGGAUGUGACUGAGGAAACAUGCUGUGUGUUUUAAAGCUAUAUUGCUUUAUUGCUGUCAUUGCCCACAACAGCGAACGAGCAGGAGGCGGUGGUGAGGACUUUUGAGUGGCGCUGUCGCCAGCAGUCACAGAUGCCCAUACUGCUGGCUGCAGACCAGAGCGACCAACGUCCCACCCAGCGACCCAGCGUUAAUGCCAUUCGGUUCGGGUGAGACUGCUCACAUUCGGUCUGUAGUGCUGCCCACUGGCUUAAUUCUGCUGGUGGAAGUGGCUGGUGGCUUCUCCUGAGUCAGGGUCCCCACGGUACAGAGCUGAGGUGAGACCUGCUUGCAAUAUUCACAUGUGGAAAACAUUUCCUGUUUCUAUUCUGGCCCACAGUAAUCUGCGAUAUUCCCAAGAGUUAAUUGUGUCGUUCUACCAUGUGCUUUAAAGUGUUCCCUUCAUAGUCCCAAAUGAUCUUUAUUUACAUGUAGCUAAAUAAAAUUUGUUCUGUUUGAA